AUGAGAGCUGUGUGUGUUUGGUUAUCUGUGGUCCUCUGGAUGGGCAGCUCUGAUAGGGCAGCAGCAGGUGCGGGACAAAGACUCAACGACUCCUCACUUUUGGGAGAUGGGAUGUUUUCCUACAAGAAGGAUUUACUUAAUGUUUCGGGACAGGUGGAUAACCGGACUACAGGCUUUUUCCUCCUGGACUUUGACGAGGGUAUGCUGGAGGACUGGCGCUCUCUGGCCAGUAAGAAGCGCCGCGGCGGGGAGUCGCAAGAGGGGAGCGUGAAGGUGCUGCUGGUGGCCGCUUACUCUUUGAUCAUCGUGGUCUCCUUGUUCGGGAACACGCUGGUGUGUCAUGUGCUGGUGAAAAACAAGCGCACCCAGUCCGCCACCAGCUUGUUUAUUAUGAACCUGGCGGUGGCUGACAUCUUCAUCACUGUGCUCAAUACACCCUUCACCCUGGUCCGAUUUGUGAACAGCACCUGGGUGUUUGGGAGGACAAUGUGUCAUAUCAGCCGCUUUGUACAGUACUGCUCCCUUCACGUCUCCACUCUCACUCUGACUGCCAUCGCACUGGACCGACGACAGGUUAUUUUACAUCCGUUGAGACCUCGCAUGUCCCCAUCUCAAGGUGGUGUUUGGGUUGCCGUUAUCUGGAUAAUGGCCACCUGCUUCUCCCUCCCACAUGCAAUCUACCAAAAACUCCUGACUUUUACGUACAGUAAGGAGAAGGAACGCAGCCUGUGCGUCCCUGACUUCCCAGAGCCAUCAGACGUCUACUGGCAGUAUAUUGACCUCUUGACCUUCAUAUUACUUUAUAUGCUGCCACUCCUUAUCAUCACGGCCUCCUACACCACAGUCGCCUGUCGACUGUGGCGCCACAAUGCCAUAGGUGACACCACAACAGCUCAGCACGCCACCCAGAGAAGAAAGCGCCGGCGGACUUUGGCCAUGCUGCUCCUGGUGGUCGGGGUGUUCGCUGUCUGCUGGUUCCCCCUCAACUGCUAUGUGGUUCUGCUGUCCAGCCAGGCCAUCCACUCCUCCAACGCAUUGUACUUCUGCUUUCACUGGCUGGCUAUGAGCUCCACCUGUUACAACCCCUUCAUCUAUUGCUGCCUGAAUCCCACCUUUCGCCAGGAGCUCCGGCUCCUCUUUGACAUGUGCAGGAAGAGACGGAGGGCGGUGGUUGGGUUGGAGCCUGAGCGCCGCCCUGCAGCCAUCUGCGCUCCUUGUCACAGGACUGCCUGGCCGGACAACCGCGAGUCCUCGAAGCCAGGGCACGAUUUACCACACUCGGGCCACUCCACUUCACAGCAGAGUCACGCUUCUUCCAGUCAAUCCCACAACCUGAAAGAUACACAUGUGCUGUUCACUGCCAGACAGGCCCUCACAGGGAGAACUGACAUCCUCUCAGUGGAGCCCAUUGUGGCUGUGAGCUGA